GUAGUUUCACUUAGUAAGUUAGCAGUUUUGAACAUAUCGAGCUUUUUGGAUCAUAUUCAGACAAUCAGCCAUCAACACCUGACAGUAAGUCUUAAAUCUAAACAUAAACUAUUUACAAUCCAACAACUGUUACGGUGUGUUAUUGACAAGGAAAAAUAAAUUGAGGGAUAUGUUUAUAAUGUUAAAAAUCUAACAAUCUACAUGACUAUUUCACCUCACAAAAGUUAGUUAGCCUAGAUUGAUGGAUAGAUUAGCCCAUAAUUUGCGUAUAAAUAAUACGCAUUGUGAAAAGUCGUGCAAUACAUAUUUCCAAUUUUGCAUGUGCAUAUUUUCGUAUCGUUUUAUGCAUUGGUUUCUUAUUUUUACCAUUUUGGUUUUGGUUUGAUAGAGAGAAAGAAAUAAAAAAUACACGUACUCUUAGUACUCUGUGUGUAGCAAUAAUUAACUGAGUGAAACAUUUAAUAAUAAUGUAUAAUGUUGUGUGUGAGAUGUCGCAGCAGAGGCGCACAUCGUCCACUAGGCGGCGUAAGUGGUCAGGUCUGAUAAAACACUGGACUCUGCUGGGUCUCUUUGAGAUUGAUGAAGGUCAUGAAUUUUAUGAUCUCACGUGCAUGAUGAAGAGCGGCCUUUCUACUGCACUACAAAACAACAAAAAUGAACCAACACCUACACAACUUUCACCUGAUGAUUUCACCAAAGAAGAAACUUAUAUUCAUCAGUGAGGAAGAGUAUGAGACUUCGGUGGCUUCAUCUGAGCCAUACCUGCAGUUUAUCAGUAACUCAAAGAGCAAAGCAGAUUUCUUCAUCACGCAUGACAGAAGGUUCUUUUUGAAAACAGAGACUAAAAAGGAAAUUGGGCUUCUCUUGUCCAACUUAAGAAUUUACACAGAGCAUCUUCACAAAUACCCACAUUCACUGUUGGUAAAAAUAUUGGGGGUGCAUCGGAUAAUCAUAUCAGGUGAAUCAAAGAAAUAUUUUAUUGUAAUGCAGAGCGUCUUCUAUCCUGAUGAGAGUGUCACAGCCAGGUAUGACAUCAAAGGAUGUGAGGUGGGCCGAUGGUCAAACCCCACCCCCAAGAAAGAUCAAGCUGUAGUUAUUUUGAAGGACAUGAACUUCGAAGGACAGCACAUUGUUCUUGGAGAACAGCGCUCCUGGUUGGUUCGACAGGUGAAGAUUGACACAGCGUUUCUCCGCUCAAUAAACGUAUUGGAUUACAGCCUUCUGUUAGCUCACCAACCACUACAUGAGGACGAACUGGAUCAGAACCAUCACCUCGCCAAUCUUGUCCACCGCACUACCAUAUCUGUGAAUCAGAAGGACCCAACUCAUCCUUGCUCAGUCAGCAGAUGUACAUCAGACGAAGAAUCUGAUAAUAACUCUGAACAUAAAAGAUCAGAAGAAGCUCUACAUUUUCAGGACUUUCAGCAGACCCAGGUGGAGAACAGGAGAUUGCUACCUGACUACAGAAACCCUCUUCACGUGAUCGAUGGACCCCAAUUGAGAUAUUUUGUGGGAAUCAUAGAUAUUUUCACAGAAUAUGGAUUUCAAAAAAAGCUCGAGAAUCUGUGGAAGAGGAUUAAAUAUCCAAGACGUGCAUUUUCCACCGUAAGCCCCUCCGCAUACUCUCUAAGAUUCAAUCAGUGGGUUGAAGGACACACAAAGUAGAUACUUUAAAACAAAGACACAAACUAAGCAUUCAACAAACUCCUGUUUCGAGAUAUGAUUAAACUGUUCCUGUCUCAUCUUGUUCAUCUCUAAAAUAAACAUACUUUACGCCUUUUUAGUUUGUUUGUUUUUAAAAGUGUCACAAGUGAGUCACGUGAAGAUGUUGAUUAAUUAUUACGAUUACUAGAUUCAGUUAAUGUCUGAAGAGCAUAAUGCUUUAAAAACACUCAUAAAUAUCCCAUAAUUAUACAUGAACAUGGCUUUACAUUAUG